GGGGCUGUACCACGGCAGGUGAUACACUCAAUUCUACAAAUGGUUGUCCUCGCAGGCGAUGCAGAGUGCCGUGGUUUCCGCCGCCGUCGGUGUGGUGGGAGGCGGGGGCGGCCGCGAACCCCUGUGCCGAGUGUGCGGAGACCGGGCGUCGGGGCGCCACUAUGGCGUCGCCUCGUGCGACGGCUGCCGCGGUUUCUUCAAGCGCAGCGUCCGUCGCCAGCUGCAGUACGUGUGCAAAGAGGGCGGCACCUGCGUCGUCGACGUCGCCCGGCGCAACCAGUGCCAGGCGUGCCGCCUCGCAAAGUGCCUGCGUGCAGCCAUGAGGCCCGAAGGCGAGUGAUCCGUGCAGCACGAGCGGGCGCCACGGGGCCAGCCGCGCCGGCGCCUGCGUUCGCCGAUGUGCCACGGGCCGGUGGUUGGAGGUGACGUGCCGCCCCUGUGCUGCCCUGCGCCGCCGCCGCUCGUGUCGCCGCUCAGAGACCUCUGCUGGAGCGCACCGCGAGAGCCCGCCGAGCCUGCGGCUGCCAGGACCACCGCCGCGGUCAAGGCGUCGGGUCACCCUCGGUCCCGCCAGGCUGGUUUGGGACCGGCGCUGGCCAGCGAGUCGUCAGCCUCCUCGGCCAGCUUGCCCUCAGCGGCCGGCCUGCCUCCCGAGCUGGCCGGAGUACACCGGGCUGCGGCGGCUUCUCUGGCCGACCUUCAAGGUGCCGCUGGCCUUCCCUUCUUCCGAGGUCCCAUCGCUAUGCUGCCCCGGCCGCUGCUAUGGUGGCCGCUUUCCGAAGGUGUGCAAGAAACGGCCGCCAAGCUUCUCUUCUGUAGCCUACGCUGGAUCCGCAGCGUGCCAGCGUUCGCGCAGCUGUGCUGCCGGGACCAGCUGCUUCUGCUCGAAGCCUCUUGGAGCGAUGUGUUCCUGCUCAGCGCCGCGCAAUGGGGAUUCCCACUGGUCACUGCCACCGGUGUCGAGUCUGCGGCCGGAGAAGGCGGUAGCGCGGCGAGCGGCCUACGUGGACUCCAGGCAGUGCGCGAGGCCGUGGCCAGGCUGCAAGCUCUGCAUACGGACGCCGCAGAGUACUCGUGCCUCAAGGCUCUCGCCCUGUUCAGACCAGAGGUGUCCGGCCUGCGCGAGGCACCGCAAGUGGAGCGCGUCCAGGAGCAGACGCUGUCGGUGCUCCUGGAGAGCAGCGACGAGCGGCCCCGGCAGCAUCAGCAGCACCGAGCCGCGCGACUCCUGCUGUUGCUGGGUUCUCUGCGCGCCGUGCCGGCCACGUUGCUCGAGGAAGCCUACUUCCGGCCCACCAUCGGACCAGUGCCCAUCGAGCGCAUCCUCUGCGACGUCCUGCAGACGCUCUGAGAGACCCCGCAACGGUGUCUCGUCUCUUCAUAAAUCGAACACCCUGAAAGCGACGGGACUAACUGGCGACUUCUUCGUAGGAGAAUAACUGCUUGUUUUAAACCAAUGAACG